AUGACUGAGAACUAUCCUACCAAUGUCGCGCUCAAACAUGGAAAUUACAACACCCGGACCUACACACGAACGUCAGACCGGGUUAACUCUAUUGCCUCUGCAUUAAUUAGCCCUGAAAUGUCUCCCAAAUCCAUUGUAGGAGUGUUCCAGGAGCCUGGUCCAGAUUGGAUCUGCUCCAUGUUGGCCAUCAUGGGCGUUGGCGCAACUUACAUUCCUCUGGACACCAGCACGCCCUUACGUCGACUUGCUAACAUGGCACGGAUUAUCAGCACAGGGAAGAUCUCAGACUCGAGCGGGAAUAAAGUGCCCAUCAAGGCCGAUUCCGAGGAUGCCACCGUCAUUCUAUACACGAGCGAAACUACCGGCACUCCGAAAGGCGUUGUGCUCUCCCAUAGGGGGCUGCGCAACUAUCUUGAAUGGGAGAACAUGUGGGGCCAUGAGAUCGUGCUGCGGCAUAGCGCGCUGGGUUUUGACCUGGGGCCUGGCCGUCACUGGUUACUUUCGUCUAUGGUGAAUCUAUUUUUAAUUGUCCCGCGUCUUCUCAGAGGCGAUUCGAUUGCAGUCACAAAACUCAUUACCCAAGAGAAGAUCACCUGUGUCGGCGCCACCUCAUCCGAGCAUCUCGGCUGGAUCCAAUAUGGCUUUUCGAAUCUCAUCCAGGACUUGCCUCUGACCAGGAACGGGAAGCUUGACCGGGCGGCUGGUGGGAAGCUCCCAGUUUCGACCGGCACCGAGCGAGCUACAGGGGCGGCCAAGCUUGGGAACGUGGAGCGUCAACUUCGCGAGGCGUGGGAGGAAGUGAUACCAGAACAAGCCCUGCAACACUACACUAUCGAUCAGAGCACCAACUUCUUCCACGUCGGUGGUAACUCGUCGUUGCUCAUCACUGUGGCCAAUGAGACAUUGUUCCAACUUGUGCAAAUAUCAUGGCUUCAAUGUUACCGCGUACAAUCCAAGUUGAUCCCUGGCAAUAAUCUCUUGUUGUCUCUAACCCCCCUUGCUAUGUCACACCUGGCUAAACAUUCAGGGUCUGAAUUCCCGGUUGACCUUGUCCAUGGCUCAGUGGGUACUUUCAAAUGUUCGUUUAUGUCCGCUCGCGGCAGGACAUUUCAAUACGGAACGUCCCCUGUGGCCGCUGACCUCGCGAUAUGUGGUAUAGCUUGUCGCUCCUCCAACACUUGUAACUUUAUUUCGAUAUCUACUUUCAUUAAGGCACCCAAGGGUCUAGGUCCCAAGUUCUCUGCCCAGCGUCUCUCGUCCGGAAAUGGCAAGUCGUCAUGGGAGCAGAACAAUCCGUGGGAAGUUUCAUUCCCGACCUGUUACCGUCGCGGCUCCUGGCGGUCGAUUGCGACGAAUCCAGUUCGCUGCAAUACCGUCGCGUUGUUUCAUGCCCACGAGUUGCUGCGUGAUCGUCGUAUCGUGUCUCUUCGCGUUGCCGCGAUGCCUCACGAAUUCACCAUCAACGGGGGGGUGAAGAUGGGGCAUUGCCCUGGUGGGCCGGCUUACGUGGCCAGCUUGUGCUUCGACUUCUCGAGCGGCCGACAGGGAUAA